GCAAAAGCAAAUAGUAUAGGUUGAAUGAGUUUAAGCUGAUCUACUCAUACUCGGGUGUUUUUUUUUGUAGCUACGGAAAAAGAGAAAAAAAAUGGCUGAAAUUCUUCUUACAUCAGUAAUCAAUAAAUCUAUAGAAAUAGCUGGAAAUCUACUGAUUCAAGAAGGAACGCAUUUAUAUUGGUUGAAAGAGGACAUCGAUUGGAUCCAGAGAGAAAUGAGACACAUUCGAUCAUAUGUAGACAACGCUAAGACCAAGGAAGCUGGAGGAGAUUCAAGGGUGAAAAACUUGUUAAAAGAUAUUCAACAACUUGCAGAUGAGUUUGCUAUGGAGAUUGAGAAGAUAAAAAGAAGGGUUAUUGACAUUGACCGUAUAAGGACAACUUACAACAUCAUAGAUACAGAUAACAAUAAUGAUGAUUGUGUUCUAUGGGACCGGAGAAGAUUAUUCCUUCAUGCUGAUGAAACAGAGGUCAUCGGUUUGGAUGAUGACUUCAAUAUGCUACAAGCCAAAUUACUUGAUCAAGAUUUGCAUUAUGGAGUUGUUUCCAUUGUUGGCAUGCCCGGUCUGGGGAAAACAACUCUUGCCAAGAAACUUUAUAGGCUCGUUCGUGAUCAAUUUGAGUGUUCUGGACUGGUCUACGUUUCACAACAGCCAAGAGCGGGAGAAAUCUUACUCGGCAUAGCCAAGGAAGUUGGACUGACGGAAAAGAAAAGGAAGGAAAAUUUGGAGGACAACCUGCGAUCACUCUUGAAAAUAAAAAGGUAUCUUAUCCUCCUAGAUGACAUUUGGGAUGUUGAAAUUUGGGAUGAUCUGAAACUUGUCCUUCCCGAAUGUGAUUCAAAAGUUGGCAGUAGAAUAAUUAUCACGUACCAUAACAUCAGCAUGGAUGAUUAA